AUGGAUGUGUGUGUGCGUUGUGGUAGAGUAACUGAGGAUGCCUUCCAUGCAGUUGUUACGUGCCCUCAAGCACAUGCUGUAUGGGAGGCCAUGAGAGAUGAAUGGCAAAUACCUGAACAAGAUGAGCUGAUCAAUACUGGUCCAGAAUGGGUGCUUGAUCUUCUUGCCAGAGUUAAUGAGAGAGUGCGGAGAAAUGUGCUAAUGAUUAUCUGGAGGAAUUGGCAGACCAGGAACGAUCAAGUGCAGAGUAAGGACGGUGGGGACCCUGUGAAAGGAAAAGGUAUAAUGGAAGGAAGCCUGCAAGAGCCAGUGAAGGAGAGGUGCUGGGGUCCUCUGGAAGCAGAACUUAUGGCCGCAAAGGAAGGUGCGGAGAUGGCACGUAGAUAUGCUGCUGGACAAUGGAAGGUGGUGGAGCAACCAGAGGAGCCUCGGGACAAUGGCAGGGAACUUCCAACUGAACCCAAGAGCAGCCCUGCUCCUAUUUUGCCUUUUCCGCCACCCAUGUACCUACCAGUGACCCCCGCUCCUCCACCGCCCGCACCGGUGAUCCAGGAGGUGGAAGCCAUACGCGCCGUGGUGGCGGAGAGCGAGAAGGUGCUGGAGAAGCUGCAGAAGAAGGAGGCGACGAUGCGCGAGGAGCUCACCAAGAGGGCCAAGGAGCUGCAUGACAAGGAGUUCAAGCUGCCCUACCAGAACCCCGCGCCGUGCACCGACGAGAGGGCCGGCUGCGCCGAGUGCUACAGGAGCAACGUGCAGGAUCCGCUCAAGUGCGCCGAGGCCGUCAAGAGGUUCGAGGCGUGCGUCCGCAUGGCGAGGCGGGGUGGUGGGGCCAUGGGAGGUGCCCCGGAGUAG